UGAAACGCAGAUUUUGUGUGCAAAAGUUGCGUGGUGUUUUUUUGUGUUCUGCCAACGAAAAUACGAUUUUCUUCUCGAAAACAAGGAAAAUCAGUGAAAAUGGCCCACUCAAGAUCCACCUUCCUCGAGGCGGAUUCGUCACUGAUAGAGAGGAACCUUCUAUUCGUUCGGGAUGAAGCGGAGGAGACGUUCAACACCAUGUUCGGGCCAAUCGUGGAACAGGCUCAGGACAUCAGCAGUGGGCGGUCCAAAGUCGUGAAACCGUUACCAGGUUUCUGCCUGAAAGCAUUCCGGAAGGAUACACGGGAGAAGUUUUUCAUCAACAUCUGCCAAACCGAUGGUAUUCCAGCACCGGAUGACAUCACCGAUGACCAGCUGAUGGCUAUUUUGAACGAUGGCACACCGAGCUCGUUCAAAAUCCCAAUGAGCAUCACCCAGCCUCGCAUCAUGAAGGACAACUCGGACAGGCAAUGUCAGGUGUCUGACAUUGCCGUAAAUUCCACUUUUUUCAAGAAGAUCGAAUCCGGAGGAUUGAUGCGAGAUUUUCUGAUAACGAUUGUUCUGGAAGGAAUCGAUUCCAAGUAUAAUAUUGCACUCGAGGAGACCGAUUGGAUUGUGUUGAAGAACAAGAAGUUUGUUGACAAGCUGACCGCUCACAACAUUCAAAACCGGGAUGUGAAAACGGUGCUGGAAAGCUACAAGAACCCUACGAACGCUGAUAAGAGCAAGAUACAGGAGCUGGAAAUCCCGUCCCAGUUGGGUGACAAUACUACCAGACCGAAAAAGAAGCUCAUUGAAGAGAUCGAUCCGGUCACAAUCAAAACGAUGAAGGACGUUCGGAACAAGAUGUCCGGCAAGGAUGAGCAUGUUCCGAAUCCAACAAAGAUAGCGAUUUCUCCACGGAAACCCGACUGUCGAUUGUUUCGCGAACCUGCGGCCGGUAAGGCAAAAAUGCUGAUAGGAGAGUUUUAUCUACCGGAAUGUACAUCUGCCAAAGAAUUCACUUUGGAUGUUGGAGAGGAUAGAAUUCUGCUGGAAGCAAGAAAGAAAGGAUAUCUGCUGGAUGCGUUUGUUGACUACCAGAUCGAUUCAACCCGAGUAAUUGCCCAAUUCAACACUGACACUAAGAUGCUCAAUGUGAUUAUGCCGGUCAUUUCGUACUAAAGCGAAGUUACAAAAGGAGAGACAGCAAUAUUGGACUCAUUCUUAAUAAAAUAUUAACUAGAAG